CCAUCUCUCUCUCGUCUUGUGCCUUCGAAGCUCCCGUUUCCACUUCAGAUCGACGUAACUCCCUCCUCCCUUAAAAAAUCCCAACUUUCUGUCCCCCUUUCCAGUGCAUUACGCCGGAAUCUCAUCGAGAGCUUCUUUGAAUCUCCGGCGACAGUUCUCUCUAGGGUUUUAGUUCCGUCUCUGCAACAAAGGGAAGACCUUUCGCGCCGUUUCUUGAAUCUAUACAAAACAGGGGAACUGACUCAAUCCCCAGCUCACCUCUGUUCUAGAUGGGUAUGUAUCAUGUGAUGUUUGGAUUUAUUCAAGAAUUUUCAUAUUGUUAAGUUAUAAAAAUGGUAAGAAAGCAAAUGUUCUUGAAUAACCACAAUUGACAAAAGGGAGAUCUUGUGGAAUGUCAUAUGGUCAAUGCACACCUGCACAUGAUCAUGGCAUGAAGCCUAUUGUGAGAUCACAUAUCUUAUGACAGAAUCUCACUUACUGGCAUGUAAUUUCUCUUAAAUUUUUAGAUUUAUCGUAAAUGCCUAGAUGGUCCCAUUUUAAUCGGACAUAAAUCUUGUAGAUAUAAACUAACUUGCGAUACCAUGUUCCCAUUAUAUCUCAAAAUCAUAAAUAUGUUACACGAAAAGUAAUUAGCCCAAUUCGAUGAUCAGUUUCAAUACAAAUUCAUCAUCUUUGAUCGAAAUUUCACAGCUUGAGAAGCGGCUGCAUUUGAAUCAAGAAGAAUCAAGUAUGCUUCUGUGCAGAGUUCUUAGUUGGGACUGUGAAAGAGAUGGGUAGAUAAAAGGGCAUCAAUUCAGUGAAGUUUCUUUUUUCUUCAUCUUCUAUUGUCUGGUUCUUUGUUCCAAAACUUCCUUUUGCUGCUUUUUUUUUAUUAUUACAUGUAGAAGAGAGAGCUUUAGAUUGACACUGGUUCCCUUGGUCGUCUUGUUCCCACUCAUUGAAAAGUGGAUGCCUAUACUCCUCGGGAUUUUAUUCUUCUACAAAAUCCAUAGCCUACAUAAUGCAUUCACU